AGGAUACGUGUAGGGGCCGGGUUUGGCCCUUGUGAACUCUGACCCGAGUGCAUGGAUUUCUUUUUCCGGGACAACAUGGCGCCGUCCACGCCGCUCCUGACAGUCCGAGGAUCAGAAGGACUGUACAUGGUGAAUGGACCACCACAUUUUACAGAAAGCACAGUGUUUCCAAGGGAAUCUGGGAAAAAUUGCAAUGUCUAUACCUUUAGUAAGGACGGGACCGUGUUUGCCUGGGGCAACGGAGAAAAGUUAGUGUCCGUUUAUAUAACAUUUUAUGGACUGCUGCACUCCUUCGACCUCCCAAAGGCAGUUUGCCUUGAGUUCUCGCCAAAAAACACUGUCCUGGCAACGUGGCAGCCUUACACUACUUCUAAAGAUGGCACAGCUGGGACUCCCAACCUAAAACUUUAUGAUGUGAAAACUGGAACAUGUUUAAAGUCUUUCAUCCAGAAAAAAGUGCAAAAUUGGUGUCCAUCCUGGUCAGAUGAUGAAAUUAUUUGUGCCCGAAAUGUUAAUAAUGAAGUUCACUUCUUUGAAAACAACAAUUUCAAUACAAUUGCAAAUAAAUUGCAUUUGCAAAAAAUCAAUGAUUUUGUGUUAUCACCUGGGCCCCAACCAUACAAGGUGGCUGUCUAUGUUCCAGGAAGUAAGGGUGCACCUUCAUUUGUUAGAUUAUAUCAGUACCCCAACUUUGAUGGACCUCAUGCAGCUUUAGCCAAUAAAAGUUUCUUUAAGGCAGAUAAGGUUACAAUGCUAUGGAACAAAAAAGCUACUGCUGUGUUGGUAAUAGCUAGCACGGAAGUUGACAAGACAGGAGCUUCCUACUAUGGGGAACAAACGCUGCACUACAUUGCAACCAACGGAGAGAGUGCCGUAGUGCAAUUACCAAAAAACGGUCCCAUUUAUGAUGUAGUUUGGAGUUCUAGUUCUACUGAGUUCUGUGCUGUUUAUGGUUUUAUGCCUGCCAAAGCGACAAUUUUCAACUUGAAAUGUGACCCUGUGUUUGACUUUGGAACUGGUCCCCGUAAUGCAGCCUACUAUAGCCCUCAUGGACAUAUAUUAGUUCUAGCUGGAUUUGGAAAUCUGAGGGGACAAAUGGAAGUGUGGGAUGUUAAAAACUACAAAGUUAUUUCUAAACCAGUGGCCUCUGAUUCUACAUAUUUUGCUUGGUGCCCAGAUGGUGAGCAUAUUUUAACAGCCACGUGUGCUCCCAGGUUACGUGUUAAUAAUGGGUACAAAAUUUGGCAUUAUACCGGCUCUGUCUUACACAAGUAUGAUAUGCCAUCAAAUGCAGAAUUAUGGCAGGUUUCUUGGCAGCCAUUUUUAGAUGGAAUAUUUCCAAGAAAAGCAGUAACUUACCAAGCAGUUCCAAGUGAUGUACGCAGUGAAGAACCUAAAGCUGCAACAGCUUAUAGACCCCCAGCUUUGAGAAAUAAACCAGUCACCAAUUCCAAACUGCAUGAGGAGGAACCACCUCAGAAUAUGAAACCACAAUCAGGAAAUGAUAAACCGUUAUCAAAAACAGCCCUUAAAAAUCAAAGGAAGCAUGAGGCUAAGAAAGCUGCAAAGCAGGAAGCAAGAAGUGAGAAGAACUCAACAGAUUUGGCACCUACUCCUGCCCCACAGAGCUCAGCACAAAAUACUGUGUCUCAGUCAACUUCUGGAGACCCUGAGAGAGACAAAAAAAUCAAGAACCUAAAGAAGAAACUGAAAGCAAUCGAACAGCUGAAAGAACAAGCAGCAACUGGAAAACAGCUAGAAAAAAAUCAGAUGGAGAAAAUUCAGAAAGAGAAAGCCCUUCUCCAAGAGCUGGAAGAUUUGGAAUUGGGUGUUUAAAGAUUUGCAGAAAGCAAGUUGGUUACCAGAAAUCAGUGCAAACACAUCUUCUGUUAAGUUCAUUGGUAUAUAUGGAAUAUCCAUGUGCCCACAUUUAGUGCUCAUCUGUAAUUUUAACCACUUACCCAAGAUUCUGUGUAUGUAUAAAACUCAAUGAUGCCUAUUAAAUUGAUUUUUGUAUCCUGCAUCCUCUACCAUUUCAACAUAUGAUAUAAAAAAGAGACACAUGAAUUUUCUAGCAAAGCUUGAUCCAUUGAAAGACAUGUUUUUAGUAAAGGAUGGUAUAUACCAUAUAAAUGAAUAAAGACUUUUUAAAUUUAAUCGAUGUUGGUUUUGUUAUGAGUUCCUCACUUAAGAAACCCUUUAUGAAUUUACAAGGCAAGUUUGGGAAAACUGUCCUUUAAAUACACAAAAUGGCUUUUUUGAUCUUAAAAUAUAAUUAUAUUAUCAAAACUUUAAAGAAAUCCUUAAAAAUCAGGUUGUAGUAAAUAUAUUAAAUUGUUUAUAUUGUUUGUAUUAUUUGAAGUAAAGUUUGCUUAGUUCUAAAGUAAGUAUAGACUUAAAAAAUAGAAAUAGUAAAACAUUUUAUUUUGAUAUUUCAAAUAAUAAACCUAAUGAUCUAAGGAUGGGGUAAAUAUUUUCCAAACAUGAACUAUGAUUUUUUGGUUGUCUUUUCAUAUGAUGAAAAAAAGAUGUAAUGAUAAUCCAAGAUACUUGACUAUCAAAACUAAUUUAUAUUUAGUUUUGGAGUCUGUUACAAUUAAUUUGUUUUAUCAGGUUUACAUUUGAAAUUAUUUUUUAUUUCAUUUGCAUUGAUGAAAAUUUUCAUUUUCUAGAGCUAAUAUGUAAACCUAUAGGUAAAAGAAUCCAGAAACACCUUGAGAGAAAUAGACAAAUAGAUAACUGAGUUUACUGGCGCACCAAAGUUUCUAUUAAGAUUUGGUAAAGAUCUAAUGCAUUAAAAUUCGAGUGGUAUUUUAAAUAUUUUGCAUGUGGAGUGUAUGUGUGCAUGUAUACUCAUGUACAUAUAAUUAAUUGCUUUCAACAUUAACUGAUUUAUUUCUGAUAAUAGAAACUGACGCAAAUGAAUUACUUUCACAAUAUAUUACUUUAAAAAUCGUUUUUCUAAUAAAAUGUUAAAUAAUG